AUGGGAGCUUGUAUGAGCUCAAAUGCCGAUGAGUUGGAGCAAAAGAAGAGGAGCCAAAUGAUCGAUCGAAGUUUAGAGGUUGACUCGAAGCGGUUACGACGAGAAUGCAAGAUCCUACUGUUGGGGUCAGGUGAAAGUGGAAAGUCCACCAUUGUAAAGCAGAUGAAGAUUAUUCACCAAAAUGGAUACACAGUUGACGAGCUGGCCCUUUAUCGCAUGACUGUCUACAAAAAUUUAAUCGAUUGUGCCAAAGCAUUAAUUGGAGCCAUGCGCCAAUUUAAUAUAGAACCCAAAAACCCUACAAAUAUUGAAUUUAGCGACUACUUGAUGGAUUAUCAGGUAGACCCGGAUCCUCAUACAUCUCUUAGCCUUAAAGUGGGUAUCGCAGUAAUGUCAUUAUGGGCAGAUCCAAACAUAGAGACAUUGAUGGAGAGGCAGAGUGAAUUUUAUUUGAUGGAUUCUGCACCAUAUUUCUUCGAAGAAGCAAAAAGGAUAACAGGGCCCGACUACAUACCAAAUGAAGCCGAUGUAUUGCGAGCAAGGACCAAGACUACGGGAAUAUACGAGACGAGGUUCACGAUGGGAUCUUUGAGCAUACAUAUGUUUGAUGUGGGUGGCCAGCGAAGUGAACGGAAAAAAUGGAUCCAUUGUUUCGAAAACGUCACAUCAAUUAUCUUUUGUGUAGCGUUAAGCGAAUAUGAUCAAGUGCUGCUAGAAGAAAGUAAUCAGAAUCGAAUGAUGGAAAGUUUGGUUCUCUUCGACUCUGUCGUCAACUCGAGAUGGUUUAUGCGGACUAGCAUAAUUCUAUUCCUGAAUAAAGUUGAUUUAUUUCGAGCAAAACUGGCACGCUCGCCCCUGAGUAAUUAUUUCCCCGACUACUCGGGUGGGAAUGAAAUCAACCGCGCAUCAAAAUACCUCCUCUGGCGCUUCAACCAGGUUAAUAGAGCUCAUCUUAACUUGUAUCCCCACCUCACACAAGCAACCGAUACUUCAAAUAUUCGCCUAGUUUUCGCCGCCGUUAAGGAAACAAUUCUACAAAAUGCUCUUAAGGACUCUGGUAUUCUUUAG